AUGAAUGAAAAAAAAUGGUUGUUAGCUCUUCAUUUUGCUUCAUUUUAUGCAUUCUACCUGUUAAUUUCUUCAUGUCUUGCAGCUGAUACCAUUCCUGCAAAUGGGUAUCUUACAGGGAAUCAAACAAUUAUCUCAGCUAAUGGGCAGUUUGAGCUAGGCUUCUUCAAACCAGGUAAAACACCCAAGUACUAUAUAGGCAUAUGGUACAAGAAAAUCCCUGGUCAAAUUGUUAUUUGGGUUGCUAAUAGAGAUAAUCCUGCUUCUAAUAAACAUAAAUCCAAGCUAAGAUUGUUAAAUGAUGGUAAUUUAGUUCUUGUUUGUAAUGGGUGUAAAUCACCCAUUUGGUUCACAAACAUGAACUACAGAUCAUCGAAACCCAUCAGAGUGACCCUAUUAGACGAUGGAAACCUUGUUCUGAGAGACAAUUCUAAUUUGAAUCCCCCCCUUUGGCAAAGUUUUGAGCAUCCAACUAAUACGUUUAUGCCCGGUAGUAAGUUUGGAGUAAACAAACUAACAAAAUCGAGCAUAUCUUUCACUUCUUGGAAGAACUCAGAGGAUCCUGGAACCGGGUUUUAUACUUAUGAGCAUGAUCCUAAUGCUGAUCAACUUAUCAUGCUUUGGAACAAAACCGAGCAGUAUUGGAAUAGUGGUUUGUGGAUUCCCGAACAAAAUAUUUUUAGUAAAGUUCCUGAACGAAGGUUUACGCCAUGGCAAGUUAGCUUCGACUAUGUUGAUAAUGAGAACGAGAGUUAUAUAACUUUUUCAGUUCAUGACACUUCACUUGUUACAAGGUUUGUCAUGGAUGUUUCGGGACAAUUCAGGGAUUAUAACUGGAAGAAAGACACCCAGGAAUGGAUUCUGCUGUAUUCACAGCCCGGACAGCAGUGUGAAGUUUAUUCAUACUGUGGUGUUUUUGCUGUUUGUGACCAAUCAUCUAUGCCUUACUGUAAUUGCUUGCAAGGGUUCAAGCCGAAUUCAGAAAUCGAGUGGGAUUUGAAGGAUUAUUCGAGGGGGUGUGCUAGAAAAGCCGGAUUAUCAUGCAAGGGCGGUAAAGAUGGAGAUAAGUUUGUGUCAAAUCCCGGUAAAGUACUACCACAGAAUCCACAUUCUAUCUUAGCUUCUACUAGAGUAGAAUGUGAAUCUGCUUGUUUAAGCAAUUGUUCGUGCUCUGCGUAUGCUUUCGAUGAUGAUGGUUGUUUCGUUUGGUUUUCGGAGCUGUUGAACAUGAGGCGACUUUCUGAUAGUAGCGGAAAAACUCUCUUCAUUAGAGUUGCUGCUUCGGAAGUCCAAACACGCGGGGAUAAGAAAUUAGUCGUUGGGAUCUCUGUAGGCCUGGUUGUGGGACUGGUUGCUCUGUUUGGCCUUGUUUUUGGUGUUUAUUGGAGAGGGAAAAGGCGAUUACUCGUAGCUGUGAAAACGAUGGAGCACUCUUUGGCGCGAUUUGGGUAUAAAGAUUUGCAAUCUGCUACUAGUAAUUUCUGUCACCAACUCGGAAGUGGGGGUUUUGGAUCUGUUUUCAAAGGGAUAUUGCCAGACUCGACAGUAGUAGCAGUGAAGAAGCUCGAGAGUGUUAACAAUACUCAAGGGGAGAAGCAAUUCAGAGCAGAAGUUAGUGCAAUCGGGACAGUUCAACACAUUAAUCUUGUUCGCCUUCAUGGGUUUUGCUCAGAAGGGUCUAAGAAACUCUUGGUUUACGAGUAUAUGCCAAAUGGAUCGUUAAACACACAUCUUUUUCAAAGAGAAAACUCGAAGAUUUUAGGGUGGGAUGUGAGGUAUCAAAUAGCAGUCGGAAUAGCAAGGGGAUUAGCUUACCUACACGAAAAAUGCAGGGAUUGCAUCAUUCACUGUGACAUUAAGCCAGAAAAUGUUCUUUUGGAUGCAAAUUUUCGUCCAAAAGUCGCAGAUUUUGGAUUAGCGAAGCUAGUAGGAAGAGAGUUCAGUCGUGUUUUAACCACAAUCAGAGGUACACGAGGCUACCUGGCACCAGAAUGGAUUUCAGGAGAGGCAAUAACAGCAAAAGCCGAUGUUUAUAGCUAUGGGAUGAUGCUGUUCGAGCUCGUUUCGGGCAGAAGAAACAUAUAUGAAGCAAGUGAUGGAAGGUUAGAAUUCUUCCCGACUUGGGCUAUGAGCACAAUUAUUAGGGAAGACGAUGUUUUAAGUAUUAUAGAUCCUCGAUUAGAUGGAGUCGCUGAAAAAGAAGAAGUUAUGAGAAUUUGCAAACUUGCAUGUUGGUGCAUCCAAGACAACGAAAAUCAAAGACCAUCGAUGGGGCAAGCGGUUCAAGUUCUUGAACGAUUUUUGGAUAUUGAGAUCCCUCCGAUCCCACAAUCUCUACAAGUAUUUGCGGAUAAUGGAGGAAGUCUUCGGUUUUUCACAGAACUUUCAUCAAACCAGUAUUCUACAGAAGACACUGUCUAUGCAUCAGCUAGUUCAGUAAACCACAAUACACCCAUGUCCAUAUAA